CGUCAGGCGGCAAGUCGGAGGUGGCUUCAUCAGCCCUACAUCUUUUGUCUAUCGUGUUCGCUAACCAAGGGAGUGAGCUACUUUGAAUAUCAAUGCUUUACAAGUUGCAUAUCACUACCAAUUGAGGCCCAGCAAGUCUUCCCGACCCAUCUAAGCUAAACAUCCACAAUGGCAGACGAAGAACCCUCCUAUAUCGACUAUGAAACCUUCCUGGACCCCGACUUCUCACCCACCUCUUUCGCCAAUACUCUCGUCCUCUCGACCAACGACACAUCCGACACGCCGCUGGACCUCUCCACCCCUCUUUCUCGCGUCCUCUUCGACGUCCAGGAGAUCGACACCCAUAUCGACACCCUGACCACCAAGUCUGCCGUUCCCCUUCUCAAGUACUCCAUUGACCAAGAUGAAGCGGCGGGGAAAGUCCUUGGCGAGGUGGAAGCGCAGGUAGCGAGCUUGACCGAAGCAUACACAACCCUAGAGAAAGAGGUGAUCGAGCGCCAUGAGGCAGCCGAGCAAGUGCGUCUUGCAGCCGAUCGACUGUGCGAGACGGUUCAAAUCCUUCGAGCUGUCACACGUUGCUUGACCCUGGGUCGACAGCUUGAUGGGCAAUUAUCCGAAGUCAACGGCACGAGUAAAGAUGGGAGCGGCAACAAGAAACCCGAGCAUCGCGCGAUGGUUCGCUGUGCAAACACCAUUCUCCUCUUCCGGCAGCUCUACAGUGCCUCUGAGCCCGGAGAAGAAGGCCAACACCUGGGCCGCAUCAAGGUGAUCGUCACUCUACGCAACGACCUCAUCCUCGCCGCCGAACGGUCGAUCCUCUCCCGCUCCCAGCAAAUCGUCCGGGAAUUUUCCAUGUCGACCCUCCUCUCCAGCACGUCCCAAACGGGCGCCAACACGUUCUCGCAAACCGACGACACCCGCUCGAAAGCCACCGCCGCGCUCCUCUCGCUCUACCUCCUCUCCCCAACCACCCGAGCGACGACAGCGGAGACGUUCGACCCGAAACUGCUGCUCUCCGCCCUGCAAGACUACCUCCAGACAUCCCUCAAGUCAUCCCUCGCCAGCCUCUCCCGCUCUCUCGCAACAUUGCCAACCCUCGACCGCACCCUUCUCGAGAUCUCCGCCCGCUGCCAGAACAUCGUCGCCCUAGAAGCCCUCCUCGAAUCCAUCAAACCACCCUCCCACCCACACUUCCCCACUUCCCCCUCCACCCCCCCGAACUUCCUCGCCCCCCUCCUCACCUCCCUCGACACCGCCUCCCUCCCCUCCUACUUCUGGCGCUCCCUCGCCUCCUCGCUGUCGUCGCGCGUCCAGGAGAUCAUGUCGCGCGGCGGCGUGUCGGCACGGACGCUGCGGACGAAUAGCGACCGGGUCAGGGCGGCGAUUCGGGGGUGCGUGAAUCGUGGGAGCCAGUUGCCGACUGCGGCGGCGGGGUUGGCGGCGAGUGGGAAGGGGAGGACAGGGGAGGGGCAUUGGGAGAGGGAGGCGGCGGUGAUGGUGGGGGCGGUGAUUGGGUCGAUGAGAUGAGGGAUGGUAUCGAGUUUUCGCUCUCACAACGUAUGUUCUAUGGAUUUCCCCAACCAUAUGUGUGGAUGUAUGGGUAUAUGAGGAGUCUGAUCCUGCCUCCAUGCCAGAAAUUCAUUGUGUUGGAACUAAUCUUCGCCAACAACUCUAUUCUUUUGCUGUCAUUUCCAUAAGCUCACCUAUCUCGGGUAUCCGCAAUCUCCCAGAUAUACGAAGAGAGUCAAGAUAUAGACCAAUAAAAUGGGGUUGUCGUUGAAUUCAAACAAUAGUAACAAUUUGCACUUC